AUGACCAUUGUAGACAACAUAAACAAGGGUACAAGAUUAUUUUUAGGGAAUCUACCAAAACUUAAAUCUGAGACAGAAAUAUGCGACGAAGUGGGUUCGAUUUCACCGGGUCUUAUUCGAGCCAUAACAUAUAAAAGCUUAGACGAUCCAGAUAUGCAUCGUGGUUUUUGCUUUCUGGAUUAUGAAACACCGGAGCAGGCUACCCAGGCAAAAGAACGAUUAAGUAAGUUUACUGUUUUCGGGUGCAAAACUAUAGUCGACUGGGCUGACCCGGAACCCGAAUUAGAUGAGGAAACUAUGCGGUUGGUACGUAUACUUUUUGUGAGACAGACACCACUACCACUAACGGAACGAGCAUUAGCUGAAAUUUUCAAUCGAUAUGGACGAGUUGAGAGGGUAAAAACCCUUAAGAAUUUUGCUUUUGUACAUUUUGCACAUCGUAUGGACGCGCAGGCAGCAAUGGAUGCACUGAAUGGUAGUAAUGUCGAUGGUAGUGGUGUCCGGUUCGAUAUUUCAUGGGCUAAGCCUCCUGCAGACAAAAAAACUCGUGAAAAAGUGUUGCGAGAUCGAGAGAGACGCAUGCAAGCUUCCAUGAUAGAGCGACCCAAGACGUAUAGAGCGUCAUCAGCUGUUUCAGAUAAUCCACGUUCAACACCUUCGUCUUCAACUGGACUAGAGUGUGAGGAUACCAAUUAUGCUUACUAUGAUCAUUAUCGUUAUGAUUUUAGCAGACCUUUACCAUUUGCGUGUCAACCACACUCUUUAACGUCUCUGCCAUCGUCUUGUUUAUCAGAAAUGUUUUGUCCGUGUGGACUAAAUUCAAAUGACGUGCCCCCAGAAAAGUAUGAUAUCGAACGAUCAUCAUUUACCCAACCAAAACCAAAAUGGGACGUUACCCGAUCACAUUGUGAUCGCGGUGAUGGUGCAGAUAACAUAGUUCCUUGUCAACACCAUACUACUACUACCACUGCAACAGCAAAUGAUACAGAUAUUGAUCGGUUGAUUAUAAAAUUCUUUCACAAGGUCUCAGUGACUGGUUGUAGUAACCAUACACAACCUUGCAAUAAAGACUUACAAUACUAG